GUCGUGCUGUAUUCUGUUGUUUCCCUUUUCAUUCAUUCUCUCACUAUUCAAUUUUCAAAUUCAUCCAAAACCACAUUCUGCAUUUUCAAUUCCGAAACCAACACUAAUGCUUCAUCAUCAUCAUCAUCAUCAUCCUCUGUUAUCAACAACUUAGGGUUUCUCUCCUUAUUUUUUUUGCCGGGAUUUUGAGGUUAAACUCAAUCUCCGGCAGCCAUGGCUUCCAACUUGCAGAUGACUCCUCAGCUCGAACAGAUCCACGGUGAAAUUCGCGAUAUCUUCCGAGCCCUCGCAAAUGGCUUCCAGAAGCUGGAUAAGAUUAAAGAUUCCAAUAGACAGAGUAAUCAGCUGGAGGAUCUCACUGGGAAGAUGAGGGACUGCAAAAGGUUGAUAAAAGAGUUUGAUCGUGAAAUUAAAGAUGAAGGGUCAAGAAAUUCCGAAGAAAUGAACAAGCAACUCAAUGACGAAAAGCAAUCAAUGAUCAAGGAGCUAAACUCAUAUGUGGCACUGAGAAAAACGUACAUGAAUACAAUUGGUAAUAAAAAACUUGAACUUUUUGACAUGGGAGCUGGAACAAGCGAACCUACGGCUGAAGAUAAUGUUCGACUGGCAUCAGAAAUGUCAAAUCAAGAACUUGUCAAUGCUGGGAUGAAGACAAUGGAUGAGACUGAUCAGGCUAUUGAGAGAUCUAAGCAGGUUGUACAUCAAACAAUUGAAGUUGGCACCCAAACUGCUGCUACCUUGAAGGGCCAAACUGAACAAAUGGGUCGUAUUGGUAAUGAGCUUGAUUCAAUUCAGUUUUCAAUUAAGAAGGCUUCCCAACUUGUUAAGGAGAUUGGUAGACAGGUAGCGACAGACAAGUGCAUCAUGCUUUUUCUGUUUCUUAUUGUCUGUGGUGUAAUUGCCAUUAUUGUCGUGAAGAUUGUGAAUCCCAACAACAAAGAUAUUAGGGAUAUCCCAGGAUUGGCACCUCCAGUUCCCACAAGGAGGCUUUUGUAUGUACGGACUGGAGAACUUUUUGUUUAAUUCUUACAUUUGAACAAGAGUUUUUCUCCAUCCUAGCCCUACCAACCUGGUUCUUGAUCUUAUUGAUGGAAAUACUAGAGGAUUGCUUUCUGGAGACGUUGUUUUGAUCUUUCGGGUUCAUUCUAUUUAUUUAUUAUUAAGAAUUCUUGCAUAUACUGUUUGAGAUUCUAUGUAAAUCAAACUAGAGUUCUGCUUUGCAUUGAGUGCCACGUUUCUUCAUGUAACAUUCCAAAAUUUUAGGGCUAGAGAGAGUAAUAACUCUACUGUGAAAUUCGUGGUGUAUUGUAUAUGUGUCUUAUCUUAAAGGAGAUUCAUUCUCCUCUCCUUCCCUAUUUUUUGAUUUGUAAUAUAUACUUAUACAUUUCCAAACUUUCUGCUGGACCGGUUUUGUAAAUUACAUUUAAGUUGUGCUUGCAGCUGUUCAUAUUGAUUCUCA